CGCCUGCGAUCAUGGCGGACGUGCAAGCGGAGCAGAGCCCGGUCCAGGUCCCGGUGCCCCCGGUACCGGAGCAGGUCCCGGUUCCGGAGCAGAGCCCGGUGCUUGUACCGGAGCUGAACGGAGACGCGGAGGACAAGGAGGAGACUGACCCGGCGGAGGAGACCGCGAAGAAGAAGAGGAGAAAGAAGAAGAAGAACAAGUCCGCGGCGACAGUAGCUGAAGCGGAGGCGGACGGCGUUGCUGACGUGAGCAAGCAGCUUGAGAAGCAGGCGAUAGAAGACAAAGAGAAAGAGGAGGAUGGCGAAGAAGAUGGAGACGAGGGAGAAAACGCAGCAGGGAAAAAGAAGAAGAAGAAAAAGAAGAAGAAAGGACCCAAAACUCAGACUGAUCCCCCGUCUGUACCGAUCUGUGAUUUAUUCCCCAGCGGGACGUUCCCCAUGGGACAGGAGUGUGAAUACCCGACUUUACAGGACGGUCGCAGUGCAGCGUGGCGUACGACCAGCGAGGAGAAGCGGGUUCUGGAUAAAGCCAACGAGGAGGUGUGGAAUGACUUCAGACAGGCGGCCGAGGCCCACAGACAGGUCCGCCAACACGUCCGCAGCUUCCUCAAACCCGGCAUGACCAUGAUCGAGAUCUGCGAGCGGUUGGAGGACUGUUCUCGUAAGCUGAUCAAGGAGAACAGGUUGGACGCCGGCCUGGCCUUCCCCACCGGCUGCUCCCUGAACCAUUGCGCUGCCCACUACACUCCCAACGCCGGAGACACCACGGUCCUGCAGUACGACGAUGUCUGCAAGAUCGACUUCGGCACGCACAUCAACGGGCGAAUCAUUGACUGUGCCUUCACUGUUACAUUUAACCCAAAGUACGACAAGCUGCUGGAGGCUGUGAAAGACGCCACCAAUACUGGAAUCAAAAACGCCGGCAUCGACGUGCGUCUGUGUGACGUCGGGGAGGCGAUUCAAGAAGUGAUGGAGUCGUACGAAGUCGAGCUUGAUGGCAAAACAUAUCAAGUGAAGCCGAUCCGAAACCUGAACGGUCACUCAAUCGGUCAGUACAGAAUACACGCUGGAAAGACGGUGCCCAUCGUUAAAGGAGGAGAAGCAACGAGAAUGGAGGAGGGGGAGGUUUAUGCCAUAGAGACAUUUGGCAGCACAGGUAAAGGUGUGGUCCAUGACGACAUGGACUGCUCCCACUACAUGAAAAACUUUGACGUCGGCCACGUCCCCAUCAGGCUGCCCAGAGCGAAGCACCUGCUCAACGUGAUCAACGAGCACUUCGGCACGCUGGCGUUCUGCCGCCGCUGGCUGGACCGCCUGGGCGAGAGCAAGUACCUGAUGGCGCUGAAGAACCUGUGCGACCUGGGCAUCGUGGACCCCUACCCCCCGCUGUGCGACACCAAGGGCUGCUACACCGCUCAGUUUGAGCACACCAUCCUGCUCAGGCCCACCUGCAAGGAGGUGGUGAGCCGGGGAGACGACUACUGACACCCCCCAACCCCACCAGACUCCCUCCCCACCUCCUCUACCACCACCCAGCACCUCCACGACCCUGUUAGCACCUCCUCCUCCAGAGAGACGGCAGAAAAAGAGCUUGUAACGCAGAAGGUGGUCGACUCAGAGCAGCAGUGACUGAUGCCAAAUGUUCUACCCACAAUGCACCUUUCACAGCUCGAGAACGAGACUGACUGGCUUUUCUAUAAUCAAAUAAAAAUAAAGAACAAGCCUGCACGUGUUUGUCGGAGGCGUAAGUUCCUUCAGAGCUCCUUGAAAGUAGUUUAACUGUUAAUUAUGUUGCCAUUGAAUUCAGUUUCACACCAGUAUUCACCACACGGUGAGGUCGGGACCCUGUGAACCCCUCACUCUUUUAUUUUUUGUUUCUAAAGCUCCAGUGCUUCACUUGAGCACAAAAGCUUCUGGUUUUUGAUCAAAGAAGAAAACCUGCGAACAGACGAUUGCUAAUGCUCUGAGCAACUCACACAGGCACCGUGCAUCUGCAGCUGCAUGUUGGGAUUCUGUUGCUACCCGGUGAGGGGGGGGAGGAACGCGAGUCAGUUACCUUGGAUGUUUGGAAAAUAUCUUUAAACUGGCUGCUGUGUAUUCCUGGUCUAAAAGAGCUUCAGUUUGAAAUCCCUGAAAAUGUUUUUGUAAGAAAGAAAAGAUUAAAGUAAUUUUUUGCUCAUAA